AUGGAUGAAGUUAAUGACCAUGUCUUUGCAACACUCAAUGAACAGCAUACCAUUCGCGUUGUUGGUGUUCUGCCCACACGUUUUUUGAGAUCCGAAGAUUAUCGUGCCUCCGUGUCCAGCCUCAUCGAACCGUUUACCACUGAAUGGGGAAAGAGCCAAAAGAUACAGCUCAUUGCCAUUGAUGUUUACCAAGAGUAUACUUUCUUUGUUCUUGACAUCAAUAAUUGGAAAUAUGACUAUGACACCGCGCACAAGGAACUUCUCUUGGUUCCCGUUUAUAUCCUUCGUUUAUCCAAUGGCGGCAACAAAUGGAAGUUCUUCAGGCGUGCGGUUGAUGACAGGCGGAUUGCUCGGAGGAUUGCUGAUUUACAUUCGUGCAAUGAUCAAAACCCACUUCCUUUUCUUGAGGACCAUAUCAAAGGGCCUGUUUAUUUUUCACGCCGUCCAGCAUGA